AUGUCGGACUCGACCUUGGCGGAUAACCGGUCGAAGUUGAAGGAGUUUAUCGCUAACUUGGCCGUCAAGACGCCCAGCGUCGUCUCCCAUCCAGUCCAGACCUUCUCCUCCUGCCCGCCGCCCACGUGGAGGUAUCCACUGAUGUUUUCACAGUCCAUUUCGACCAUUCGCGGAGACCUCUCCAACAUAACGGCCCCGCCCUUUGUUCUGGACACAAAGUCUGCUGUGGAAUUGCCCGCGUUCUGGGCUGAAAGACCAUCGGUCUUCGUCGCGCCAGCUUCGACCGAGGACCCUGCAACGCGGGCAUUGCUGGUGUUGAAGUGGUUCCUUUCCAGCCUGAGAAGCCAGCAGUACGCAGGCAGAUCCGAGGCGCAAGGUAUCAAGAAACCGAUCAACGCUUUCCUCGGAGAGGUCUUCUUGGCAAGCUGGGAGGACGAUGCCGGGCUGACCAGGCUGGUUAGCGAGCAAGUCAGUCAUCAUCCUCCUGUCACUGCAUGUCGUGUCUGGAACGAGGAGCAUGGUGUCGCGGCUGAAGGAUAUACCCGCCAAGAGAUCACAUUCAGUGGCAGCAUCAACAUACAACAAAUCGGGCACGCAACGCUUUAUCUCGCCCGGCAUGACGAAACGUACCUCAUUCCACUCCCCAACAUCAAGAUCAAAGGCGUCUUGACAGGAUCACCGUACCCUGAGUUGCAGGGGACGCAUUACAUACCCAGUACGAAUGGCUACACCUCGGUGGUCGACUUUAGCGGCAAGGGCCUCUUCUCCAGCUCGGACAAGAAACACAGCUUUGAAGCCAAGGUGUAUCGGGAUGGUGAGGAGAACACGCCCUUAUACACCGUCUCAGGCCACUGGGAUGGAGAAUUCAUAAUCCACGACUGCCAGAACGACGUUGACAUGGAAACGUUCAACGUCAUGACUGCGAAAACCACACCACUCCAGACCGAACCUCUUGCCGUACAAGAUCCGUGGGAGUCCCGCCGCGCCUGGCAGAGCGUCCGGGAAGCCCUCGAGCGCGGAGAUAUGCAGGAUGCCGCGGAUGCGAAGGCCAAGGUCGAGGACGGGCAGCGUGAAAUGCGAAAGACCGAUGCCGAUGGUAAGCAAUGGAAGCGGCGGUUCUAUGAAAGUGAAUCCAAACCCGAUGAAGUUGCAGCAAUGCUGGCAACUAAAGUCGGAUUGACCUUCAAUCCCCAAGAUACCGUUGGUGCCUGGAGAUUUCGACGCAGAGAGUGGGAUGAAGGCCUGUUCAAGAAACCUUACCAUGGAGAUCUCUUGCCAGAAGAUUCGCAUACCGAUAGCAUUACAAGGAACGGACCGAAUCGAGAUGCGAUAGUCAACGGCACUGCCAGGACCGGACGAACCGGAGAUGCGGUAGUCAAUGGCGUGACUCCCGCAGUGUCUAGCGGUGCUGCCCAAUACGAGGAGCAGCCGCAGCCUCAGCCUCAGCAUGACCUUUCUCAAACGUAUUCAUUCCAUCGCCAAAGCACAAUUGUUGGUCCCGAAGAAGGCCAGCAGCCGGCCAAGUCUCCCCACGUAACAAGCUCUGAGCAGCAUCAGGUGCAGGUGCAAGUUGAUCGGGAGGCAGACUCUCCCCGAGGAAAGACGGAGGCCACGUCCCUCGUGGCCGACAGGACUCGGCAUGAAAGUCCUGUCGUGCUGGCGCAACCGGAUAGGAAAGCCUCGGCGAAUAUGAAUACAAGUGACGAGCAGAAUGGAGACGUCAGACAGGUCAGCGGCGGCGGUGGCGGCGAGAGUAUCCCGCGAGACAUGUCACCAAAGGAAAAGGCGCAGGUCGAAGAUUUCUUGCGGGAUCAAUAUUCAAGCCGAGGGAGCAAAUAG